CAGCAGUGCAGGAACCUACUACAAACGCAGAACAAUGGUGGAUUACAGCAAAUGGAAGGAUAUUGAGAUCUCGGACGAUGAAGACGACACGCAUCCAAACAUCGACACGCCUUCGCUGUUCCGCUGGCGGCAUCAGGCCCGUGUCGAGCGGAUGCAGGAGCAAGAGAAAAAGAAGGAAACGAUAGAGAAGAAGAAGAAAACGACGGUGGAAAAGCUGCAGGAGGCAAAGGAAAAGCUACAGCGCAAGGAAGGCAAUCUGGACGAGCUGAAGAAAAUCAUCGACGACCUGGAACGGGAGCAGGAGCGCGUGCGAAAGGAAGAGGAAGAACUGCGCAAGAAGGAAAAGAUGCAACCGUGGAACGUGGACACCAUCAGUAAGCCGGGCUUUGCCAAGACGGUCAUCAACAAGAGUGCAAUCAAUCGGAAGGAGGAGGAACUCACCGACGAGCAGAAGGAGAUGAACCUGCGGGAGUUUAUCAAGAAGUACGAGAAGCAGGUGAAGCAGUUCGGCAUGCUGCGGAAGUACGACGAUUCGAAGAAGUUCCUGCAGGAAAACCAUCAUCUGGUGUGUGAGGAUACGCCCAACUAUCUGGUCAUUUGGUGCAUCGAGCUGGAGAUGCAGGAAAAGCAUGAACUGAUGGCACACGUGGCGCACCAGUGCAUUUGCAUGCAGUACAUUUUGGACAUUUCGAAGCAACUCGAGGUAGAUCCGCGAGCAUGCGUCGCGUCCUUCUUCCAGCGCAUACAGGAAGCGGAAGCGGAGUACAAGAACCAGUUUCUGGGCGAAAUCGAAGCGUUCAAGGAGCGUAUCCGUAAGCGAGCGCAGGAGAAACUGCAGAAGCUACUGGAGGAGCAGGAGGAGGAAGAGCGUAAAGCGCGGCUCGGUCCGGGGGGAUUGGAUCCGGUCGAGGUGUUUGAAUCGUUGCCCGAGGAGCUUCAGAAGUGCUUUGAGACGCGCGAUAUUGGAAUGUUGCAGGAAGCGAUGGCCAAACUACCACCAGAAGAAGCCCGCCAGCAUCUGCAGCGUUGUAUAGAUUCGGGACUGUGGGUGCCAGAUGCGAAGAGUGCCGCUGCUGCCAUAUCCGGUUCGGGUGUGGAAGGUGAAGGGCAGGAACCGGUGUAUGUAGAGGUGAAAAGCAAAAGCAAAGAUACGAAUCUGACGGAGGCGGACGAGAAGAAGGAGUAG